AUGGAGCUGGAAAUAAAAAUAUCGGAAGGAAAAGAAAGAGUACAUGAGUUACAAAAUAAGCUACAACUCUUGCGUGAAUCUAGAGAAGAAAUGUUAAAAUUGAACGACAAAAAUUUUCAACAAACGCUAAUCAUUGAUUACCAAAAAUCUUGGCCAGAAUUCGAUCGAAAAUUAAUUGCUUUCAUUGAUGACGAAAGUCUUAGAAAGGUUAGUUUAAAUGAUAUCAGCCAAGGAAGAGUUCAAAAAAAUUUGUGCUGGACAAGGUACAAUGCAACGCAAACAAAAAAAUCUAUAUUGUCAGAUGUGGGACAAUUAUAUCCCUGGUUGAUUCUGCAGCCAGUGCGUAUGGAAAUUCACUCGAUAUCACCUGACGUUGUUCAAUUUUACGACAUAAUUUCAGAAGAAAACAUUGAGCUUCUCAAAUCUCUUUCUAUGCACCAAUUAGCAUCUGCUAAAACGAUGGCUCGUGAAACAAAAAUUGAUGUUGAGAGUCCCCGAGUAGCUCACCACUGUUGGUUAUCGAAAACGAACAACACUGUUCUUGAAUAUCUCGACGUAUUGGUUUCAGCAAUCACUGGGUUUUAAGUUUCAAAAUCAGCUGAGCAGCUUCAAGUUGCAAACUAUUGCAUUGGAGGACAUUAUGAACCACACACAGAUUACUUGGAUUACUCUGCUGAAGGAGAACUCAAAUCAAGCAAUCGCAAAGCUACAUUUAUGUUCUAUUUAUCAAAUGUUGCACAGGGAGGGGCAACCGCCUUUCUUUACCCAGGAAUUGCAGUCCACCCGAUUAAAAGAAGUGCUGUUUUCUGGAAUAAUCUCCUGCCUUCUGGCCAGCCAGAUAAUAAAACAACCCAUGGAAGUUGCCGUAUACUUGGAGACAAGUGGGUAGCUAAUAAAUGGAUAAGAGAGACAAGGAAUGAAGUAUGUAAAAUGACAGAGUAUAUCGGAAGAUUGCAUUAA